AUGAUCCAGCACACGGAAGGAGCUGUAAAAGGAUUGGGUGAUGCUACCCAGAUAAACACAAAUCUUAGCCAGCCCACCGUGAUCCAGCACACGGGAGGGGCUGUAAAAGGAUUGGGUGAUGCUACCCAGAUAGACACAAAUCUUAGCCAGCCACCCGUGAUCCAGCACACGGAAGAAGCUGUAAAAGGAUUGGGUGAUGCUACCCAGAUAGACAACAACCUUAGCCAGCCACCCGUGAUCCAGCACACGGAAGGAGCUGUAAAAGGAUUGGGUGAUGCUACCCAGAUAAACACCAACCUUAGCCAGCCACCCGUGAUCCAGCACACGGGAGGCGAUGGAGGAGGACGUGUUCCUCGUGCCCGGAGAGCCCUAAAUCUUCUCCGGCCAGCCGUGUCCCUGCGCAAGGGAGGAGCUGCAGGAGGACGGGGCGCUCCCGCAGCCGCUGCCCAGCCUCCUGUGUGCACCAAGAGCACAUCGGGUGGCAGCCGUGAUGGAGGAGGACUCGCUGGUGCCUCCGGUUUUGGACCAGCAGGCAAGAAAAGCGCGGUCUCGUCGCUGAAAGCGCCCUCUGCGUUAAGCAGUGCAGCCCCUGGUGAUGGCCGCAGAGGUGGACAGCAGCGACUUUGUGACUGUAUAGCAGAAGACAUGGCAACCUGGGAAUCUUCUGGACAGUGGAUGUUCUCGUGUUACUCUCCUGUGACGGGCAAGCCUAAUGUUUCAGGUCGGUACCAUUUUUAGCCUUGCUGAGCGCUGAGUGCUGCUACUGUUUAGACUGCAUUUCUAUACUUGUCCACACUGCUGUGU